AUCAUGGAAAAUAACCACCAAUUGUCAAAAUUUGCAAGCUUGAACGAGAUCGCCUAAUUUCAGAAAUUCAGAAAAAGCAACGUUAACAAUAAGAAAAACACUUUAAAUUUGUUACAAACGUAACCUCUUAAAUGUGUGUGGAUAGAAAUUAUCAAAAAAUCUACGCUCCUUUCAAGGGCUCACCAUAGAAAGGCUUUUAGAAGUUGCAGCACCUCCAACAUCUCUCGCAACAAAAGAACACAACGACGACAUAGUUGGUGUUGAGUAAUUUAAGGCAACACCACCACACCACCCAACACACACAUACACUCCCGCCCCUUUACUACGCCUAGAACUGCUGCUCAACGACAGUCGCACGUCGAAUAGAACAAGGAAGCAAUUACAAGUGCAAACAAGACGAACGAAAGGGAAUUUCUUGUAUUAUUCAACGAAGGCCGCAUAGCGAAGGUAAACUAGAAAUCUAUCUACCAAGAUGGCAAAUCCUAGAGCAUCGGUGGCAGCCGAGGUGGUCCAUCACAGUGGCCCACAGCCUUUGGUCAAAAUUGGCCAUUAUCUGCUGGGCAACACUUUGGGUACGGGAACUUUUGGCAAAGUGAAAAUAGGCGAACAUCAAAUGACCAAGCACAAGGUGGCUGUAAAGAUUUUGAACAGGCAAAAGAUUAAGUCCUUGGAUGUGGUGGGCAAGAUCAGGCGUGAGAUACAGAAUCUAAAGCUCUUUAGACAUCCCCAUAUUAUCAAGUUGUAUCAGGUGAUAUCGACACCCACUGAUAUUUUCAUGAUUAUGGAAUAUGUAAGUGGCGGUGAGCUUUUCGAUUACAUUGUUAAGCAUGGGAAACUGCAGGAGCAUGAGGCCCGUAGAUUUUUCCAGCAAAUUAUUUCGGGAGUAGACUAUUGUCAUCGCCACAUGAUUGUACAUCGUGACUUGAAACCUGAAAAUUUGCUAUUGGAUCACAAUCGUCAUGUGAAAAUCGCCGAUUUUGGCUUGUCCAAUAUGAUGUUGGAUGGUGAGUUCCUGAGAACUUCUUGUGGUUCUCCCAACUAUGCUGCUCCGGAGGUUAUCUCGGGUAAAUUGUAUGCUGGCCCUGAGGUGGAUAUCUGGUCUUGUGGUGUCAUACUAUAUGCCCUGUUGUGUGGCACCUUGCCCUUUGAUGAUGAACAUGUGCCCACAUUGUUCCGUAAAAUUAAAUCAGGCAUAUUUCCCAUACCAGAGUAUCUCAAUAAGACGGUGGUCAAUCUGGUAUGUCAAAUGUUGCAAGUGGAUCCUUUGAAGAGAGCCAAUAUAGAAGAAAUCAAGAAACAUGAAUGGUUCCAAAAAGAUUUGCCCUCAUAUUUGUUCCCUUCAUCCAUCGAACAGGAUUCGAAUGUCAUCGAUACCUAUGCAGUGUCAGAGGUGUGCACCAAAUUUGGGGUAAAAGAACAGGAAGUGCAUAAUGCCCUUUUGAGUGGAGAUCCCCAUGAUCAGCUGGCCAUUGCCUAUCAUUUGAUUAUAGAUAACAAAAGAUUUGCCGAUGAGGCAGCCAAAACAGAGAUAAAUAACUUCUUUGUAGCCGGUUCGCCACCACCAGCAGCCCAUUCGCCUAAUGAAGCGCCGGAUGUCAACUUUGGAGUGGGUUCCUCGUCGGGCAACUCGACGCCUGGUCGCACUUCUUUAACACCCUCCAUGAAGCCACAUCCUGAACGCAUUGCCCCUUUGAGGGAGAGACAACUUGCUAUGGCUGUACAAGCCCAAGGCGGAGGUGCCUUCCCCGAGAAGACCGCUAGAGGCACUCCCAUUAAACGCGCCAAAUGGCAUUUGGGCAUUCGAUCGCAAAGCAAGCCGAACGACAUUAUGCUGGAGGUUUAUCGUGCCAUGAAAGCCUUAGAUUACGAGUGGAAAAUCAUCAAUCCCUAUCAUGUGCGUGUGCGCCGGCAAAAUAUCAAAAAUGGCAUCUAUUCCAAAAUGUCUUUGCAACUCUAUCAGGUGGAUGCUAAAAGUUAUCUCUUGGACUUUAAAUCCCUAACCAAUGAUGAGGUGGAGCAGGGCGAUGAUGUGAUAUUGGAGAGUUUGACACCACCGCCUUUGAGUACUAGCGGCAUAAUGCCGCCACAGCCAACGGGACAUCAUACCAUGGAGUUCUUUGAAAUGUGUGCCGCUUUAAUCAUACAAUUAGCUCGCUAAGUAACAACCCGGCGUUAUAGAUGCUGCAAGCCUGGAUUUUCUAAAUUUUUAUUAGUAAUUUUAUAAACUAUACCAAAAAAAAGAACACAAAACAAUCCCCUUCCCCUCUCUAAAUAACUAUUGAACACCCACAUAUAAAUCAAUUACAUACUUGUUGUUUGUCAUAAAUUCUAUUAUUAUUAUGAUUAUUAUCCAUCGACUAUAAGUACGAUUAAAUUUAAAACCUUUAUGUUAUCCUAAAUGGCUAUCUUUACUAGGUCAUCUCCCAAAA